UAGCUCUCUUCCAGUUGCACGAUGAGAGCUGCUCCGUUCGGAUUGUGCCGGUUCUGGCUGGGAUUGGCCAUGGGCCUGCUGCUGGCCAGUGAUUCCGGCUUGGUUUCGGCCAAGCGCUACCUGCGCUGUGAGCUGGCCAAGAAGCUGCUCGAUCCGCCUUACAGGUUCGAUCGAUCGCUGCUCUCCAAUUGGAUCUGCCUGCUGGAGCACGAAAGCGACCUGGACACCAGCAGGAUCACCUCGAACCCGAAUGGCACCCGAAACUAUGGCUUGUUUCAGAUCAACAGCCGAUUCUGCCAGGAGGGCAGGCGCGGCGGCAUCUGCAAUGUCAAGUGCGAGGAUCUCCUGGAGGAAAAUCUAAUGGAAGCCUCGGUCUGUGCCAAGCGGAUUCAUUCUUCGGAUGGCUUUCAGCAUUGGAAUGGCUGGCAGCGUCAUUGUCGAAAUACCCAGAACCUGCCGAAUCUGAGGGUCAUUUGUGGGAUAUAAAUCAAGUUUUAUUUAUUAAAUAUUAAUAUUAAAAGUUAAGUUAGGUUUUUAAGUGCUUAAAUAUGGGAUUACUGACUCUGUAAAUUAAGAACUUCGGGAUAAUUUCAAAUAUUAAUUUAAAUGAAAUAAAAAGGGUUCUUUAAUGGGGUCUUUAAUUAAUUUUAAAA